CCCCCGGCCCCCCAACCCAGCUCCCCGGCCUCGGGGGCUGUGACAAUGGACUAUGACUUUAAAGUGAAGCUAAGCAGCGAGCGGGAGCGGGUCGAGGACCUGUUUGAAUACGAGGGCUGCAAAGUUGGCCGAGGCACUUAUGGUCACGUCUACAAAGCCAAGAGGAAAGAUGGGAAAGAUGAUAAAGACUAUGCUUUAAAACAAAUAGAAGGAACUGGGAUCUCUAUGUCAGCAUGUAGAGAAAUAGCCUUACUUCGAGAGCUUAAGCAUCCAAACGUUAUCUCUCUUCAAAAGGUGUUUCUGUCUCACGCUGAUCGGAAAGUAUGGCUUCUGUUUGACUAUGCUGAACAUGAUCUCUGGCAUAUAAUCAAGUUUCACAGAGCUUCUAAAGCAAAUAAGAAGCCAGUUCAGUUACCUCGGGGAAUGGUGAAGUCACUAUUGUAUCAAAUCCUAGAUGGCAUUCACUACCUACAUGCUAACUGGGUGUUGCACAGGGAUUUGAAACCUGCUAAUAUUUUAGUUAUGGGUGAAGGUCCUGAGCGAGGAAGAGUAAAAAUUGCUGAUAUGGGCUUUGCCCGAUUAUUUAACUCACCUUUGAAGCCUUUAGCAGAUUUGGAUCCAGUGGUUGUAACAUUCUGGUAUCGAGCCCCAGAACUACUGCUUGGAGCAAGACAUUAUACCAAAGCUAUUGAUAUUUGGGCUAUAGGGUGUAUAUUUGCAGAACUACUAACGUCAGAACCAAUAUUUCACUGUCGACAAGAGGACAUCAAAACUAGUAAUCCUUAUCACCAUGACCAGCUGGACAGAAUAUUCAAUGUAAUGGGAUUUCCUGCAGAUAAAGAUUGGGAAGAUAUAAAAAAGAUGCCUGAACAUUCAACAUUAAUGAAAGAUUUCAGAAGAAAUACGUAUACCAACUGCAGCCUUAUCAAGUAUAUGGAAAAACAUAAAGUUAAACCGGAUAGUAAAGCAUUCCACUUGCUUCAAAAGUUGCUUACCAUGGACCCAAUAAAGCGGAUUACCUCAGAACAGGCUAUGCAGGAUCCCUAUUUCUUAGAAGACCCACUUCCUACAUCAGAUGUUUUUGCCGGUUGUCAAAUCCCUUACCCAAAGCGAGAAUUUUUAACGGAAGAAGAACCUGAUGACAAAGGAGACAAAAAGAACCAGCAGCCGCAGCAGGGCAAUAACCACACUAAUGGAACUGGCCACCCAGGGAACCAAGACAGCAGUCAUACACAGGGACCCCCAUUGAAAAAAGUGAGAGUUGUUCCUCCUACCACUACCUCAGGUGGACUAAUCAUGACCUCAGACUAUCAGAUUUACUUUCCUGGAUCUUUUGGCAUACAGGGCAAAUGUCAUCUUUAUCACAGCCAUCCUGACUACACGGAUUGCAGGAUACAAAUUGGAAGUAAAGUGAUAAAACUUGGAAGUAAUGCAAUAAAACCUCCCUGGGAAGCAUGAGAAUCUUGGAUUAAGCAGCUGAAAAGCAGCUAUCUUAUUGGCAAAUAACAGCAUCUGUUCUGAGGAAAAUUAGAACUCAGUGGCUUUGAAGCUGAGGCAACAGAGAGGUGCAGCACUUCUUCACACCCUGGCUUAGAAGGAAGUUCUUCAACACAUUUCUGUCCUUAGAGCCCAGCUCUGCUUUCCUUUUCAGUGCCGUCCUUUCUGGGGCCAGACAAGUCCCUGCAGGACCAGUGGCCCAGCACUGACACUGACCAGAGCCUCAUUGCCUAGCUUCCCAGCUUCUCUGCAUUGAAUAUUCAUCUUCAAAGGCAAGAAUUUUUCCUGGGUGCUGAGCCAAGGAGUUUUAAAGAAAAAACAUUUAAAGAUGAUUUUAACAAAUGACAUUUCCUUAGGCUUUUAAAAUUUGUUUUCUUGUGGACUUUCUUUUCCCAUUUUUAAAGCCAGGCUCUCCUGGAGCCAUGAUGUUUACAGCAUUCUCUCUCAUGUACUAUCUGCCAAACCAACCUGAGAAGAUGCCUGAAAGUCUUUCCUUUAUAACUUGAUUUCUUUUAGGGUAUUUUAUAUUGAUUGAUGAUGUGUGAUUUAGAGUCAGAUGGCAUAUGGCCAUUAGUUCCUUGUUAGGCUAGGAAUGUUCUGAAAGAGGGAAAACAGGACUGUGUUCUGAUCUACCCUGGUCUCAGAGUGGCGUUAGAACAAAUCAGUCCUGGGGCUGGGGAUUUAGCUCAGUGGUUUCGCCGCCUGCAGUGCAAGCGCAAGGACCCGAGUUUGAUCCCCAGCACCAAAAAGAAAAGAAAAGAAAAGAAAAGAGCAAAUCAGUCCUGUUCUCCACAUCUCAGUUUUUCUCUCAUGAAGCAAGGGUAGGGGUAGGGGUGGGGGGUGGGGGGCGGUUAAGAGAAUAUCAACUGCUGGGAGGUAACUUCCAGAGCUAAAUUUGGCAUCUUUACAGACCACCUGUACCCAUCACUGUGGGUGAACUGAGCCUUUGAGAAGGUUUAGGUUGGAGCCCAUAACACCACACUUUAUACUAUUAUCAAUCCAUCACUCUGUGAGCUUCCUGGGGGCAUGAACUCAGGUGUAUUUAAGUCCCUGGUGGCACCAGGCACAGUGGCUGGCAGAGAGGGUUCACUUCAUGGUUAAGCCAGUUAAAUAAAUUAAUCUAGAAGCAGGAUGCUUAAAGCUGUAAUUUCUCAUUGCCUUUUUUUUUAACCAAAAGUGAGCAGAGCUCAAGAGGAAGAAUGGUAAGCAGUAGGAAAAAGAAUAUCUUAUGAUUACUUCAAAUAGAUUUUUAUUGCUUUUUCUCUUCCCAGAGGAAGUUCCUUACCCAUUUCAAUUUUUGAUGUCUAAAAGUAUUGAACAUUUCUAAGCCCAGUGAAGCAUUUGCCCAAACAUCAUCCAAACAUAAUUAAUCAGGAAAACAACUUCCCUUAUUUCUGUCCCUUUGCAUAGCUGUGCACUACACAGGUGCUCAGAGUAGUUGACCACAUUUACCCCCACAGCCCCCCGUGUUAUGAGAGUCCUUGGUUUGAAUGGAAAUUAAACACAAGACCAAAUCUGUGCUUUGUAUAAUAAACCUAAAUACUCUGAGAAUGCUAGAGACCAGUAUCACUUUUGUCCUUCAUUCUUUCACUUUUCCAGUGUUGUUUACUAGAUGCCAACAGUGCCCUAGUCUUUCUGGGCAUCAAGAGUAAGAUACCUACUAGCCUAACACCCUCAUUCCUUGUCUCUAGUCCCAACUCUUGUCUCCUUAAACUAUGACAGUGCCUAACACUGUAUACAUAUCCAAUAAGUCCUACAAAGAUCAAGGAUGAGCCCCUGGCAUUUACAAAGUGACUAAUCUAUCCUAGGCUACAUCUCACCCUCUCUUUUUAUUCCCACAGCAAUCCUAGACUAUGAUGAAUAUUCCCAUUUUCCAGAUGAGAAACUUGGUGUGUAAUAUGUGCAACUCUCAGGCAGAGCUAGGAUUUAGAUUGGGCUCAUCUGCCUCUGGGCUGCACAUCUUCACCUUCACAGGGAGUUGAACAUGUACAUUCCAUCAAGUCCAUGAAGGGACAAAUGAGGCAAAAGUGGGAGCAGCAGACUUGAGAAGAAGCUGGUUUUGAGGAUGAAGGAGCAGAGUAGCCACCAGAAGUUGGAGCAUUGGCAUCGGCCCACAUCCUGCCCCACCCCUGGUUACACAAGCAAGUAAAUGUCCUUACUCUGAACCAUUUCAAUUGACACUUGGCUAUUUGCAACAGAAAGCACCAGGCAAGCUGGGCCUGGGUGCCUUUACCCACUACUACCUCUUCUGUUUACUAAUUAUUUACAAAUUGCUUUUCUCCAGGAUAAUAUUCUUUAAUGAAAUUUGAAUUGAUAUUACCACACACCAGAUGGAAAUUAAACUAUCAGUAUAUGGACUUUCUGAUUAUUAAAAGUAUAUCCACA